AUGGCAAUACAUAAGAUAGAAACAGUUUCCCAAUGGAAAAUCACUUCUGGUUCGUUUAUCUAUGGCCCAACCACAGCCAUUAAGGAGCUCAUCGAUAAUAGUAUUGAUUCAGGGGCCAAGAGUAUAUUCAUUGAUGUGGAUUCAAAAACGGGUGGGUGUGAUUACUUCAGUGUUAGAGAUGACGGCCCUGGAAUUAGUGAAACGGACCGAACCUUACUUUGUUUAAAUCAUACUACAUCUAAAAUUGAAACAUUUGAUGAUUUACAAAAGUUAAGCGCCUUGGGAUUUAGAGGGGAAGCGUUGUUUAUGCUUGCUACUUUAAGUGCGGAAAUGGGUUCUAUGCAAGUUAUAACAAAAACUGUAGAGGAAUCAAUCGGAACCAAAUGGUUUGUCGAUGUAAACGGUAAUAUAAAGAGUAAUAGUAUUGGUAGGUCGUCUUCUACUCAAGGGACAACAGUAACUAUUAGAAAAUUACUAGGUGGACUAAGAUCUCGAGAUAUUGAAAUGAGAGCUAAUGUACGACGUACUUUAGAGGAAAUAAAAUAUAUGAUAAACCAUUAUACUUUAGAUUUUAGGAACAUUAGAUUUAAUUUAUCCUUUGUAUCUUUGAAGAAGAAUGGUGCUGUGUCGAUAAAGAACCUACAACAAAGUGUCCCUACAAAUAUAUCUAAAAAUAGAGCAUUGUCGUCAAUCCUGCAAUUGAAGAAGUCUGUAUCCUUAAAUUUCCUGGAAAUAAAUUCAUUGGAUAUAAAUAAACAUAUUAGUAUCGAAAUGAUAUUACCGAGAAUGAUUAUUAACUCUGAUGUGAUAGAUUAUAAAAGGACAAUGAAAUUUCUCUCUGUUAAUGAUAGGGCGAUGUCUUUGCAGUUAUAUUUUGGUAAAGAGGUGAAUAAGACUAUCAAUUCUAUUUAUAGAGAUCUGAAGUUAUUAGAACCUCAUGUUUGGUACAUUAAUUUCAAGAUUGACAUGAAAAUUGUUGACAUUAAUAUUGAACCAGAGAAGAAUGAUAUACUUUUGAAAGAUAAUGAUGCAUUGAUGACUCAAAUACGAAACUGUAUUACAAAUACCCUUGAGAUUGAGUUUGAUAUUAAACCCGACUCCCCAAUAGAAACAAAACAUCAUUCAGAUGGAAGAAUUGAAACAUUAUCACAACCGUUAAAUACAUCCAAGGAGCUCAGUAUCGCAUAUGUAGAUGACAUGGAAUCUACUGUUGUGCAACCACAAGAAGAAGUUGUAAAGAAAGAACUUUUUGUUCCAGAUCGAGAUAAUAAAAAUGGUUCUGUGAUAGAAGACAUCCAUAAGGAUGAAAAAGAAGGCAAUGUUGUGGGUAUGACAAAAUCAAUAGAGAUAAUAGAUGAUGAUGACAAUGAUGACAAUGAUUGGACUCAUACAUUCUUGGAAAAAUCUCCUUCGUUAGAUUUGGAUAUAAUAGGAUCAGAAGAUGAAGAAAUUCAAUCCUCUCUAAAAUAUCAGAAUGAUGCACAUAUUCCUGACGAUGAUGAGGAUUUGCAAUUGUCGAAGGAUAUGUCAUUAUCCAACCCAUUUAUUAUUACUAAAUUGAAUAAUUCUCAUAGAAAUAAAAAGAAACCAGAUCAUAUACCACAAAGACGAAUAGAUGAUAUACCCCUCAGUGAGUUAGUUAACCGGAAAAGACGUGUCUCGUACGAUACGGAAGAAAAAUUAAUGAAGUUGCAACAGACACAACAACAACAACAACAAACAGAAUCAAGACCUAUAUUAAAUUCCUUGAAAACGAUGAAGGGAAAGCGGAGUCUCAAGAUGUUCUCAGAGUAUACGAAUAGUCAAAUGUUAAAAUUGAACUAUUCUCCAAAUGAUAUAUCUACUAUUAAAGAAGAGGAAGAAUUUAGAAGUGAGACUACACAAACAAUACCGUCGCAUAACAUUUGCACCGAAUUGGAAAUGUUAUUUCCUAACCUAAAGAGGCAAUAUUCCAUUAAGGAAUGUCUUACGGCUACCCCAGGGGGUUGGUACAUUUUAAGUACUGACACAACAAAUGAAUGA